CACCAAUUUUAUCUCUGGUCAGUUGCGUGGCUGCUGUUCGGCUCUGCAUUUUGUUUUUUUGCAAAGCUCUUCCCCGGCGGACAUGACAGCUACCAGGAUUUCACAUUUCUCUCUUUCUUUUGAUCUCUUUUUCUCCUUCUCUUUCUUGCUCAGUCUUCUAUCGACCCGUUCCGUUGCUUCUUCUCCUUCUGCCUUUUAUCUCUAUCCUGCUGAUAAAGAAGGCAAGACCAGCGCUUUGCAUUCAGAAAUAUUGAGGAACGAGGCAGUUGCAAGGCUUAAUGAGCUUGGAAAGGUGAGUGAUGCUGAUGGCUAUCUUGAGAGAACAUUUAUGAGCCCAGCUUCUGUGAGGGCAGGAAUUCUUAUUCGGGAAUGGAUGGAGGAUGCUGGUUUGAGAACGUGGGUGGAUUCCAUGGGCAAUUUGCAUGGUCGAGUUGGGGGAAUCAAUUCGAGUGCUCAAGCUCUGUUGAUUGGCUCUCAUUUGGAUACUGUUGUUGAUGCUGGCAUAUUUGAUGGGUCAUUAGGUAUAAUUUCUGCUAUAUCUGCAUUAAAAGUUUUGAAAAGCAAUGGCAAGUUGGGAGAAUUAAAACGACCAAUCGAGGUGAUUGCAUUUAGCGAUGAGGAGGGAGUGAGGUUUCAAUCGACCUUUUUAGGCAGUGCUGCUGUAGCUGGUGUUUUACCAGUUACAGCAUUGAAGAUAUCAGAUAAGAGUGGUGUGACAGUGCAAGAUUCUCUUAGGGGGAAUUCCAUAGACAUAGCAGAGGAAAGUCUACUACAGCUGAAGUAUGACCCUGCAUCAGUGUGGGGUUAUGUUGAGCUUCACAUUGAACAAGGACCUGUACUCGAAUGGGUUGGUUUUCCUCUUGGUGUAGUUAAAGGCAUAGCUGGACAGACACGUAUGAAGGUUUCAGUGAGAGGUUCACAGGGACAUGCCGGAACAGUACCGAUGUCAAUGCGUAGGGACCCUAUGGCUGCUGCUGCCGAACUGAUUGUAUUGCUAGAAAGUCUGUGUAAACAUCCUCGAGAUUUCUUAUCUGAUAGUGGUAAUUACAACGAGUUUACCAUGGAAUCAUUGUCCACUUCUCUUGUCUGUACUGUUGGAGAAAUAUCAACCUGGCCAAGUGCAAGUAAUGUCAUUCCAGGCCAGGUAACGUUCACUGUGGAUUUACGUGCAAUCGAUGAUGUGGGACGUGAGGCUGUUCUUUAUGAGUUAUCUAAUCGGAUGUAUCAAAUAUGCGAUAGACGUUCUGUAUCUUGCAUCAUUGAACGAAAGCAUGAUGCAAAUGCAGUAAUUUGUGAUCCUGAACUGAGUUCACAGCUAAAAUCUGCAUCUUACACUGCUCUCAACAAAAUGAUGGGGGAGAUUCAAGAUGAGGUUCCUGUGCUAAUGAGCGGAGCAGGACAUGAUGCGAUGGCCAUGUCUCAUCUAACCAAGGUUGGGAUGUUAUUUGUCCGCUGUCGGGGAGGCAUAAGUCACUCCCCAGAGGAACAUGUAUUGGACGACGAUGUUUGGACGGCGGGUUUAGCUAUACUAGCAUUUCUCGAGACCCACAUGUAAAUUAUAACGUUCAACAAAAUCUAUGUACAGUAAAUCGAUUCCCUUCAAUAAAUCCACCGCAAUGGCAACCAUUGAAUUGUACA